AUGAUCGGAUGGUUCUUCAGGGGCAAGCGCUUGAAGCUGCUCGCUGCUCUGGCCCUUCUAGGAGUACUGCUUUAUCACACCAAAGAAAUGAUCGAAAUGCCGUCACUAAAACGUCGAAGCAGUGAAGGUUUACCAAGCGAAACUGAGGCAGAUUCUAACGAUGAAACACUCAAUACUGAUAAUCUGGAACACAAAUUUGAAGAGCUCAUGAAAAGAGCUCGAGAAAGUAGCUGUGAGAAUCUACGCGAUCCUGAAUGUCGCGACAGAAUCAUGGAAUACAUGAAGAUGCUCGAAAAGAUGCACGAGGAUCUUGAGCAUGAGUUGGACGAAGGAAUCCAUGAAGCGCCAAAAGCCGUUGAUGAGAAGCCAGUACUUCCCAUUCCCGAUGACAAAAGGACAAGUCAAAAGGCUUACGAUUAUACAAGAGGAACUCCUUCAGAUCCAGAUGUACUCGAUAAAAGAAAUAAAGUGAAGGAGAUGAUGAACCACGCAUGGCAGGGCUACAAGCAAAAAGCAUGGACUGAAAACGAAGUACGACCGAUUUCCGGAAAGGGACAUUCCGCUGGAAUCUUUGGAAAUGGGAAAACUGGUGCAACGAUUGUGGACGCGUUGGACACCUUGUACAUAAUGGGAAUGAUUGACGAGUUCAAUGAAGCGAAGGAAUGGGUGGAGAAGAGCUUCUUUUUCAACUCGAAGACUGACGUUUCUGUUUUUGAAACCGUCAUCCGCUUUGUUGCCGGCUUCUUAGCGGCUGGAACGCUUUCAGGCGAACAGGUUUUCUACGACAAGGCAAAGUACGUGGCGGAUCUGUUGGAAGGCGCUUUCAAUACUCCCUCAGGCAUUCCGAUGGCGAUGGUGAAUCCGACUACCGGUCGAACGAAAAACUGGAAUUGGGCUUCAAAGGGGUGCUCCAUUUUGGCCGAGAUCGGCACUUUGCAUCUGGAAUACUCGGAGCUCACUGAACACUUUAACGAUCCUUCGUACCUGCAGAAAGUGACGACCGUACGCGACGUGCUUCAGAGCACACCGAGAGAUCACGACAAAUUGUAUCCAGUCUACAUUCACCCCACCACCAAGCAGUGGGGUCAGAAACUCGUCUCCGUUGGAGCGCUUGGCGACUCCUUCUACGAGUACCUUCUCAAGACAUUCGCUUACACAAACAAGUCGGAUAAAACCGCCCUCGAGAUGUACUGGGACGCGUAUGAAGGGAUCGAAGCCAAUUUGAUCAAGCGUUCCAGCAGUGGAUUAACGUAUAUUGGCGAGUAUAAGUCGAGCAGGACGCAGCCCGUUAUGGCGCAUUUGACUUGCUUCGCUGGAGGGAUGAUCGCUAUGUCAGCUCAUGUCGACCCUGCAAUUUCAGAAGAAAAGCGCGCCCAUCUCAUGGAGACGGCAGCCGCUGUUACGAGUACAUGCCACGAGUCGUACGUUCGGACGCCAACGCAUCUCGGCCCAGAGUCCUUCCGCUUUGAUUCUGGAGAGGACGCUCGCCAGAAUCGCGCUCAAGACUCCUACUACAUUCUGAGACCGGAAGUCGUCGAGAGUUAUUUCUACAUGUGGCGAUACACCAAGGACCAGAAGUAUCGUGAGUGGGCUUGGGAUGCGGUGCAGGCAUUGGAAGAACACUGCCGUGCCGAAUUCGGAUUUAGCGGGAUCAAAAACGUGAACCAAGCGCCGAGCACCAAAGAUGACCUUCAGCAAUCCUUCUUCUUAGCCGAGACACUCAAGUACCUGUAUCUGAUCUUUUCGGACGAUGACCUGAUCUCGCUCGAUGAGUUCGUAUUCAACACGGAAGCACAUCCACUAAGAAUACAAAAGCGACCUUGA